AUGCCUGCUUACCCCAAAGUCGCAGUCGCCGGAGCCACCGGAAACCUUGGCCCGUCUGUCGUGCGAGAAUUGGUCAACGCUGGCAUCCAAGUCACGACAAUCUCCCGCAGUGGCAAGACCGACGGCCUCCCAUCCGACGUCAAGACUGUCAAAGUCGACUAUGGCUCGCAAGACUCCCUCGUCUCCGCACUCCAGGGUCACGACGCCGUAGUGUCUCUUCUACCAAAGCACGAUCAGCAGGAUGUGCUUAUCGACGCUGCCAUUGCUGCUGGUGUCAAACGCUUCCUGCCGUGAGUCCUUCCGGUAGCGUAUCUAAUCCUCCGCAAUGCCUGCUAAUACCAUCCGAAGAUCCGAGUUCGGCUCCAACAUCGCUGGUAACAGCGCCACCGCCAGUCUCCCUGUGUUUGCUGGCAAAGCCAAGACCCAAAAGUACCUCGAAUCGAAGAAAGACCAGAUCAGCUACACCUACGUCGUCAACGGCCUGUUCCUCGACUGGGGCCUCGGUCUUGGACUCAAUAUCAACCUCAAGGGUCCAACUAACCUCUAUGAUGGUGGAAAUGUCAAGUUCAGCACAACUCUCCUCUCGGAUGUUGGCAAGGCAGUCGUCGGCAUCUUGAAGCAUCCCGACGAGACCAAAGACCGUGCCGUCUACGUACAGAGCGCAUCCGUGACGCAGAACGAGUUGUUGGAGAUCGCGAAGAAGGUCAAGCCUGGCUAUCAACCCGAGACCAACCACGUCGACGUCAAGCAGCUAGAGGAAGGGGCGUAUGAGAAGUUGCGCAAGGGAGAGGACGUGGGUACCGCGUAUUUCCAUUUCAUUGUAGCCAGUGUCUUCAGGCCGGAGUUCGGCAGCGACUGGUCUGCGAAGAACGACAAUGAGUUGCUUGGGAUCAAGGAGCUGUCACAGAAAGAGCUGGAAGAGGUUGUUGCGAAGUAUGCUUGA